UUUCACCUGACUGAAGGUUGCGGGGAAAAGCAACUACAUGUCGUAGGAUAAGAGAGAGAGAGCGAGAAAGAGAGAGAUUGGAUCGUAAAAUUACCAGAAUUCUCGGAAUUCCUAUUACUAUCAGUAAACUCGAGCGCUGCUGCCAUUGCUGCGCAUUAUAUCGACACACAAAAACGGUAUCUCUCAAAACACUAUACAAGAGACUCUUCCGGAGAGGAUGCGAUGUACAGAGGUUAGGAGUCUUUCUUCUCCCGCUCCAAAAGUAUAGCGCUGCGCAACGUCAGCACAACGCAAGGGUAUCAUUGGAUAGAACGCCUACCAAUCGACAGGCAAAAUUCAAUUGAUCAAUGUGAGGAGUCACCAAUCACUCACUGGAAUACCCCCCAUACAAAUUCUCCUCGUUGUGAUUACCAUGCUGUCGCGAUUUCACGCCACUCAGACCGUCAGCUGAUAGCAGACGCUAUUUUCAUCCGUGGAACGCGACGUUAAUUCUCGUCGACAGACAAGUAAACAGAAAUGUUACCUGCUGCCGCCAUUCACAUACCCAGGUCGAACGUUGUCAAGGCGACUACCAGGCAUACCGCCACGUUGUUUCUGUUUCACGGUUCAGGAGGCUGUGGUGAAGAUUUAAAGCAAUGGAUAGAUAUACUCAAUAGGCAUGAGCUUAAAUUUCCGCACAUUAAAAUUGUUUAUCCGACUGCGCCUAUUCAGCCUUACACUCCAAAUAGGGGAAUGCCGAGCAACGUUUGGUUCGAUAGGAAAGCAAUUUCCAUCAGAGUUCCCGAAGUAAAGGAUUCAGUCGACCUCAUGUGCAAGAAAGCUUCUGAUCUCAUUGAUAAAGAAAUUGCUGAGGGAAUACCAGUGAAGAGGAUAGCAGUCGGAGGCUUUUCAAUGGGUGGUUGCUUAGCGUUACAUCUUGCUUACAGAUAUCAAAGAUCUAUUGCUGGAUGUCUAGCAAUGUCUGCCUUUUUGAAUAAUGAAUCUUCCGUUUACGAGUCAUUGAAAAAUGAUAAAUUUAGUGCUUUACCAGAACUUUUACAAUUUCACGGUACUACUGAUAAUAUUGUUCCAUUUGAAUGGGGAAAAACUACUUUUGACUCUUUACAAAGUGUCGGUAUCAAAGGAAAAUUUAUGACAUUAGAAGGAGCUGAACACGAACUUGUUCAAAAAGAAUUGAAGUUUGUUAAAGACUGGUUAUUGCAGUUAUUACCGGAAAACAUUUUAGAAAAAUCAUAAUCUUAUUGUCCCGAAAAUUUGAAAAAGAAUGUCAUUUUUGAUAGAAUUUCUCUUUACAGUUGUUGUAUUUGUAUAUAAUGUAUACAAGUUGAAAAAUCUAUUUUUAUUGUCAACUGUAUAUUCAAUGCAAUUAUUGAGAUGAUUUGUUCAUCUCGAAAUUAGGAGCAACAAUUGAACAAUUUUUAGAAUGUAAACGGAAACAAUUUUGCAUUCAUUGUACUAAAAUUAAUUUUUUUAAAUAAAAUG